GAAAGAUUUACGAGUGGAAAAAAGAAGAAUAUAUGGUGUGGUGGCAAGACCAGUUAUAUUUUUAUUAUCAACUGGCAUAUUUUGUAAAGCUAGUUAGACGAAUACAUUUGACGUCUAAGAGCAAACGAAAAGAGAUGUGAAAAAAUGUCGGAUAAAAGUGAAACUCGGUGAUCUAAACUGGGCAAAUAUAUAAUAGUGAAGGAAAAAAAAUUCGAUAGAUUAUUAACGUUGCUUUUUGGAAGGUCACGAUCAUCAGUAACCACUGCGUCAGUAGAUAGUUAAUUGAAAGAGGGGAACCUGUGAAGCUUGAUUUCAUACAGGUCAACACGUACGCACGAUACAAAAGAAAAGGAGAACACAUACGGUGAAAUAACUUGAAGAGAUCGCACGUAUGCUACAAUCCUUUGAAAAAAUUUACGAAUGGGGCACGGAAAGAUGUUUAUUAUUUUUUUUAUUUGUGACUGUGAUUAAAACGAAUAUUUUUGAUUGAAAUAUGAGUAGCACGGAAUCUACAACUUUGAUUGCUAAUAUGACGUCCACAACUGUCACUGCAAUUUCUGAGAAAACAGCUCCAAUUUUUUUACAAACACGAGCAGCUCAAGGUAUUGCUGGUGCAUUUGUUUGGGUUGCAUUAUUUUUAACUUGUCAACAGAUUUAUCAACACUUAAGGUGGUAUACUAAUCCAACAGAACAAAGAUGGAUAGUUAGAAUUCUGUUUAUAGUACCAAUUUAUGCUACUUAUUCUUGGGUGUCUCUACUAUUUUUCAACAGCGAAAGUUAUUAUGUUUAUUUUUUUACUGUUCGAGACUGUUAUGAAGCAUUUGUUAUAUAUAACUUUUUGUCAUUAUGCUACGAGUACCUGGGUGGUGAAGGAAAUAUUAUGUCUGAAAUACGUGGCAAACCUAUUCGUUCUAAUUGUUUAUAUGGAACAUGCUGUCUAGUUGGGAAAACAUAUACAAUUGGUUUUCUUAGAUUUUGCAAGCAAGCUACUUUACAAUUUUGCUUGGUAAAACCAGUAAUGGCAUUUGUCAUUAUAUUUCUUCAGGCAUUUGGUCAUUAUAGAGAUGGAGAUUGGUCUCCAGAUGGAGGCUAUAUUUAUAUAACUAUAAUUUAUAACAUCAGUGUAUCUCUUGCACUUUAUGGACUUUUUCUCUUCUAUUUUGCUACAAGAGACCUGUUAACACCAUUUGAACCUGUCUUAAAAUUUUGUACUGUUAAGAGUGUUAUCUUUCUUUCAUUUUGGCAAGGAGUAUUAUUGGCAAUUCUUGAAAAAGCAAAUGUAAUUUCUCCUAUAAGUUUAGAUCAAUCAACUAGUGCAGGAACGGUUUCUGCUGGUUAUCAAAACUUUUUGAUUUGUAUUGAAAUGUUAUUUGCUGCUAUAGCUUUACGUUAUGCAUUUCCUUACCAAGUAUAUUCAGCUGGUUGUGUUACGGAUUCAAGAGGAAGAAGUGUAACCAUGCAAAGUAUUAGCAGUAGUUUAAAGGAAACUAUGAAUCCAAAAGAUAUAAUGACUGAUGCCAUCCAUAACUUUCAUCCACAAUAUCAACAGUAUACUCAGUAUAGUUCUGGAGCUCCUAAAGGACAACGUGGUAUGCGGAUAUCCAGCUUCGAUCCAGAUGAUCCACAGAAUAUGACAAUACCACCACCUCAAAGACGGCAUACUUCUCAUCAACGCGUUGCUACAAUUUCUCAAAAUUAUAAUGAGAAGACAAUGCUGUUGAGCAGUGAUGAUGAGUUCCAAUAGAUAUAAUAAAUCAUGUACAAAAAGAUACAAAA